AGGUGCUUACUUCGGCAGUUCAACUCGGCGACUGUUUCAGUUUGAAUCAGAAUCUCAGUCAGUAAACAACGUUUGAGUCCAAACAAAAACUUAGCAACAAUGCCAAUUGAAAUCAAUACACCCGACAGAUUGGAAUACCAAUUCCAACCUGCUAGCGGAGGAGUCUUCACCUUCAAGGUGCGUGCACCCAAGGAUGCCCAUCUUGCACUCACUUCACAGCCCAGUCCUAGCGCACCAAUCUUCGAGAUCUUCCUCGGCGGAUGGGAGAACAGCAAGUCGGUCAUUCGCAAGGAUGGUCAGAAGCCCGAUGUUGUUGAGGUGCCAACCCCUGGCAUUCUGAAUGCAGGCGAAUUCCGCGGCUUCUGGGUGCGUUGGUAUGACAAUGUCAUCACCGUUGGACACGAAGGCGAUGCUGCUGCCUUCCUGAGCUACGAUGCUGGUUUCUUAUUCCCAGUCAACUAUGUGGGCAUCUGCACUGGCUGGGGUGCUUCUGGCACCUGGCUUAUUGAUGGCGACUCUGCUCCAUCUGCGCCAAUCAUGGGCUUUGCCCCACCCUCAGGAACCGGACCCGGCUGCUGGGUACCCGCUGCCAAUGGCCAGGUGCCUCCGAAUGCUCUGGAGGGUGGCUUCGAUAGCAGCGAGCAGCUGUACAUUGCACGCGCCCGUCACGAGGGCGAUCUGAUUCCCGGCAAGCUGCAUCCCUCUCAUGGCGUCACUUACGUUGCCUGGGGAGGCGGCGAACACGGCCACAGCGAGUACGAAGUCCUGUGCGCCGCUGGCGGUCAUUGGGUGCCCGUCGAGGGAGGCAACAUUCCACCUCAGGCCGUGCCUGCCGGCGAGACAAGUGAGGGCGAGCCCCUCUUCGUUGGUCGUGCCACCCACGACGGCACCGUGACUGUGGGCAAGGUGCAACCCUCGCACGGAUGCUGCUACAUCCCCUAUGGAGGCGAGGAACUGGCCUUCAAGGAGUUCGAGAUCUAUGUCUCGAACUAAGUUUAAUAACGAGCGCAUCGCUCUAAGUCACAGCCUCAAUCCCAAGCCGCCCCCAAAUCUAUGAGUAUUUAACUUAGUUAAACUCUGCAUCUUAGAUGCAUUAUCAAGAGACUCACGCACUGGAUUCGAAUUAUAGAACACCCGCUAUUCCCACGCCUCACUGGCGCCCACAAAUACACAAUAUGUAUUUAUUUUUGUUUUACUUGUAUCCAAUUAACGAUUAUCUAUUGUCGAUGAAUCUCAAUGGCCAAUAGCAGCUCUAACUCUUUUUUUUAUACAUUUUGUAACUUGCAAAAUUAAAACUAAAGUGUUUGUUAAUAAAAUUUAAAUUUAAGCAUAA